AGCAGAAUCACUGUUUUGAUGGCCAAUAUGGCUGCAAUGAUGGAAUCUCUUCGUGGAGGGAACUCGCACUACGAUUACUGACAUCACCACCUUACUUGACUCUACCUGCCAGGAUCCCAGGAUGCAAAUGAUCCCGUACGCCCUGGGCUCCCACCCCCGGAGCCCCCUCCGGAUCGACCUGGAGACGCUCCAGCAGCAGCAGGAACAGCGCCGCCAGUUCGCCGUCCAGAGCGAGGCCUCGCGCGACAUACCGAUCCGGUACAGCGUGUACUUUGGCGGGAUCACCCUGGUGCGGCCGCAGCUGCGCCAUCGUCGCUUCGAGACGACCGUCUCCGAGCAGGUGUUCAGGGGGAAGGGGAAGGGGAAGGGUGCGGGAGGUGAGCGGCCGUCGCAGCUGAAACGUGUGUUUCUGCGCAGGUUUGCCGGCAGCACUUGCUCGGAGGAGAUGGGGACGUUCCGGGCGCUCGUCUCGCUUGCCGUCCGCUUCGAGCAGACCAUCCUCGACUCGCUGGAGAGGAAGACCUGUCCGAUCUGCUGCGAGAGACUGGCUCGGUUUCUCGUCCAUCGACCCCUGUGUGCCGUCAGAAAUGGAUUCGUCGAUCUUGCCGAUUCGGAGGACAUCCAGAAGCUGAUGGCAGCCAUCUCGUCGGACACGGCGGACACGGCGGGGGGAAAUGUCGAAGGAAACUGGAGGGAUGGCGAAAAAGCGUUCGUGUGUGAGCUGGCGGUACCGAUUUGCGAACCGGAAGGCGAAUGUCACCGGAUCGUGGCGCGAAACGUCGAGAGGUAUCUCGCUGGCAUCCGGCAGGCCUCGAGGGAGCCUUCUCUUUCCGAAGGCGAUACUGUUCGACUGUCGCAGUGCAGUAGUACUCCCGCCAUCUACGAUGAGAUCUACGAUGAAAGGCAGACAGAGAAGGAAACGAAUUCUACCAUCACAAACCUAGCUACCAUCGGGGUGACGGCGUUUAUUGGACGCCCCCUGCUACGACUGAGCACCCCGAUCCCCCGCGGCCAGCUGAGCUGUCUGGUGCUGUCGUCGCAGUGGCCCAGAUCCAUGCUGCCGACGACAGACAAGAGCGAGGCCACCAAGGCGAUCGACUACUGCCGGAUCAGCGCCGCGCACGAGGAGACCAUCCUCUCUGCUGGUGACUACCGGUGCGCCGUGUGUCCCGGACGCGUCACGGCACGCAGCCUGGUCCAUCGACCGAUCUCGUACGCCCGCCCGACGGCCGCGACGGACGCCGCGGACGGCCGGCGCAGCGCCCUCAAGAACAUGGCCAUGUACCUCUUCCAGCAUGUCGAGGGCCGGUGGACGUACCGCGAGCGGUGCCAGGCGCUGGGCGUCCAGCAUGACGCGCAGAUCUUCGAUUUCAUCGUCCCCGUCUGCGAGACGGGCGGGGUGUGCGAGGACGUCGCACGCACUUCUGCCCGCGAGUUCAUCAAGCUUCUCCUCCUCCUCCCUGGGACUGCUGAUCUGGGACUUGUGUUUUCGGGGCUGAAUCCUGAUACCGAUUUGGCUGAUAAUAGUAUCGAGGGUUUGACGACCACAAAGCCGGACUGCGAGAAUGUCCAUCUCCAAACCCUCGUCAGUAAAAUCGGACCCCGAGGAUUCAUGUCGGACGGGAUCGAGAUUGUCGAAGACCCGCACAGCCCCGUCUUGACGAUCAGCAAACUGCGCGUGCAGCAAGAAGCAGCGAAGAGAGAAUAUCUCAAGAGUAUCGAGAAACACACCGGCGACCGUCAUGUUCCCAGCGAUAUGGUUUGGAUUUUCGAGCGGAGCACUACUACUACUGCUACUGCUAUUACUUCUACUGCUACUGCAGCUACUGCAGCAAGCACUGCUAAUCGUGGAUCUACCUCUACCUCCUCAUCUUUGUCUUCCUCCCGAUCGAGACAGUCACAGUCACAGAGCGAGACGCUCCGCCAUACCAUCGCACGACAGCUGCUCUUCCCCCCGCUUUUGAGCAUGGAGUUUCUGCUUGUCGGGGAGGCUGUCCAUCUCCGAGAGGCGUUGAGGCGUUGAGAGGGGGGACUGAUUAACAGUUAUUCUUUGUAUACGAAUCUACAUACUAGUUAACUAUAACACUAGGUAGUUAUGUAGUACCUGGGUACUCUGCACGUUGACAUCAUCUAGCAUUAGUAUAGGUAGUUAUUUCUUGCCUAGGUAAUUAUGAUGACGGUAUACAAGAAAAGACGUACCACCUGACAUACGCAUGAGACACGAGGAGACACCA